CUCCGAGGGCUGUUCGUCGCUCAAUCCGUGUUCCGCUCGCAGUCUCGAAGGACGUGCGUCAUGUUCCAAUGAUCUGUGCCAGUGGUCGGUCGAAAAUGUCCAAUUAUCAUCAGCUAUUGGCCGUUAUAUUCGCUGUCAACCUCGUCAUUGUGUCCUCCCUUCCGAGUCCAACGACCGAGGAGGACGAGGAUGAAGAUGAAACCACGCCGAGUCGAGCUGAUGCUGAUGACGGUCGGGUGUACAAGAACCCUCGGAACUCCCCGUCAGCUCAGUGCCCACGGGACGAGGAACAGGCUACCUUACUAGGUCAGAAAUGUCUCCGCAAAUGUUCCUCUGACGAGGACUGCAAGAGUAAAAAGAAGAAGUGUCUCUGUGAUGGCGCGUGCGGCAUGUCGUGCAUAAAACCGGACCGAGAGUGUCCCGAGCUGGAUCAACCUGAAAUCGGGAAAGUUUCUCUGUCAGGGAGACUGUUCGGUGACAAGGCCGUGUACUCCUGUCCUCAUGGGUACCACGUGGUCGGGCUCCAGAGCAGGAGUUGCCAGGCGGACGGCAAGUGGGCAGGACAGGCACCAGCCUGCAAGGAAAACAUCUACUGUCUCCAACCCCCCACCAUCGAGCACGCUCGUCACUCCGCUCUCCCCGAGCAAGCCACCUUCGACCUGGACGCUACUGUUCAGUACAACUGUCACACUGGUUACGUAACCAACGGCUUCCCUCGGGCCAAAUGUCUGGCGAUCGACGGCCAGGCCUCCUGGUACGGACCUGAUAUCACUUGCGAACCUCGUUCCUGCGGCGAGCCCGGGGACGUUCCUCACGGCUGGGUGACUGCCGACUGUCACACCUUCGGCUGCAGAGCCGUGGUGCAGUGCGGGCAAGGGUUCGAGCUGGUGGGGAAGGCCGAGAGGUACUGUCAGGCCGACGGCGCCUGGGCUCCCAAGGAGCUGCCCACCUGUGUCCUGGUGACGCAGGUGCAGUGUCCUCCGCCCGAGGCUCCCCGGCACGGUAAAGCCGUUUACACCUCGUGCGCGUACAAUUCAGUUGUGUCGUAUGAGUGCAAGUAUGGAUACAGACUCGUGGGUGACGCUACUAGGAGGUGUGGAGCCGACAAGAAGUGGUCCGGGACCCAGCCCGUCUGUAAAGAAAUUAACUGCGGCCACCCUGGACAGCUUUGGAAUGGAUGGCUGGAGAACAUAUCUUCGGGCACAGGAUUGGGAGCUUCUAUUAUAUUUAGAUGUCAGGAUGGAAUGAAGAUGGAGGGCAAUGGCUCAGCAAUAUGUCAGAGUGAUGGCACCUGGAGCCAUCCGCUACCGCAAUGUUUAGCACCAUGCGUGGUUCCCCACGUGUCCCAAGGUAAGGUGGUGCUGAUGGAGAACCGAACCAACGACAACGAGACCAAGGAGCACACGCAGAUAGUGGGCAGUUCUUCCAUGGUGCAACAUGGGGAAAUGAUUGUUGUGGACUGUGAAAAGAAUUACGAGUUUCCGUCCAACAACGUGGCCGUGACCUGCAACAAUGGUACCUGGACACAAAUACCAAGAUGUCAGCCGGCAAGGUGUAAAAAAAUGCCCAAAUAUCCCCGACACGGAAUGGUCAUAGCUCCUAAAACUGAACAUGGAAUGAAAGCACGUUUCCGUUGCAAAGAUGGUUAUGAACUGAAAGGGAAUCCUAUAGUGGUGUGUUCGUUUGGAGUGUGGAGCGGAGAAACGCCUAAGUGUGAAGAGGUCUUUUGUCCUUUCCCGGGAUAUAUUGAAAACGGAAAAGUUCUUCUCGUAGGUAACAUGGGACUAUACGAUUAUAGACCCUAUGUUAAAAAGGUAGUAAACAAUAAGCAAAUAAUGUAUGAAUGUGAGAAAGGCUACGUGCUAUCGGAAGGGCCUCCCGGUGCUACCUGCGUUGGUGGUCAUUGGAGCCCUAGAGAGCUGCCUAAAUGCACCCUAUAUCAACAUCCUCGCAUCCGUUGGAGUCGCAGACGGCGCUCUAUACCAGAGGUAGAGUUGCGUCACAAACGGUCCGCCUAUCUUAGACAAUACUAUAAUAAGCUGAGACAGUCUGAUGCUUCACAAGAAGCAGUCGAUGAAUUGUAUGACAAAUAUAACCCAGAAAACCAAAAGCCAACAUUGCGACAUGCAAAUUUUAAGCUCAUGAAAAAAUUCGACCUUGAAUACGAAGGCGAGGAAGAUGGUAUGAUAGGCUCCGACAUACCCGACAACGGGAACUUCCCUACUGCCAUCUACACUGUAUACAAUGUUCAUGGAGAACCGGUGGGGCAUAAGUUCUACUCAUAUCAACCAGUCUAUGAACCAGAAGAUGAUGAGUUAGUACAUCGAGUUGACUCAAUGGAGUACGAAGACUCGGCCGGUCUGGAAAAUGAUCAUUUAACAAUAUUGAAAGGCGGAAUGUUUCCGGAUAACAACAUAGACAACACGAACGAAGUGUCAGAAAAUAUAAACAAAUUGAAACAUCAAUACUUCGAACGAUACGUCGACAAGCGAAGGAAAAGAUUCUUGACCUUGAAACCCACAGACAGCAGCGGCAAAGAAAUAGACUUUGACUUAAACUCAACUGACAGCAAUCAACAUACGACUGUAGUAGUAAAGCGUAAUGUGAAGACUAGAGUGAAGCGUAAUGUCAAUCUAGAAGAAUCCGAUACUGAAGUUUCUACAAAACAUUCCAUACUAAUGGAGUCUCUGUUUAAUGAGUCCGACCCAGAAUCUUUAAAAGUAAUACCGCUGCCACCAAGCACGACGGAAUUAAGAAACGAUAAAGUAAUCAAUUCACAGAAAGAGUUGGCUUUUUUUCUAGAACAGUACAAUAAUAAAAGUUCUGGAGGAGGAAAUAUUGGUGAGAAACGUGAAAAAAGAACAAGCAGAAAAACUGAUCGAUUGAAUCAAACCACAGCAUCUGUUCCGAAAACAGGUCGCGAAGGAAAGGGUGGAAGGAAUCGCCAAGCACAAGGUAACGCUGAAGAAACCGAUAGCCAAAGUAAUGAAAAUAAUGAAAGUGGUAAUAAAAAUGGAAAAAAAGGCAGACCAAAGAGUCCGUGCGAACCGAUCGAGAGUGAACCUUAUGUCAAUAUAGAGAUUGUUAAGUAUGGACGAGAACCAAACAACACUUUUAGUUCCGGCACUAUAGUAAGAGUUGCUUGCGGGAAGGGCUACGGUCUCAAUCUGGAGCUCAACGCUACAGCUAAAUGCGUUCGCGGUAGAUGGAAACCAGAAAAACCUAAAUGUGAAAUUUUACCGUGCCAUGUUCCAUCAACCGAAUACGGUAUUUAUACGAUGUCACCGAGCGCCAGCCCGGCCAGUGUGGUGUCUGGACUUAGUCAAGGAGACGAGAAGGAACUGAACGAAACAGACCCGGUCCCGAACGGCCAAGUGGUGCACUUUUCAUGUGAAUACGGAUACAACGUUCAAGGGCCAACCAAUCUGCGCUGUUGGCUCGGAGAGUGGGCUGUAACGAGCAUGCCAGAAUGUGUCGCAGCCCCUUGUGAACUGCCGAUCUUGAACGGUGCUACGUACGAGGCCGGUUACCGCUCAGGGCUCACGGUCGCCCACGCAUCGUCCGUCAACAUAGCAUGUGAAGCUGGAAGGAGCCCUCCAGCUACACUCAACUGCCACCUCGGCAGACUUCAGCCUACUGUCAUUGAUUUUUGUAGGCCUUUAGCAAAUCUGUCUCGUCCACGUCCUACGUCAGAAUAUCAAAGUGGUUCUGACAUCGUCCGUGAAGACGUGUCUGAGCUGGAACCGGAGCUGCUGGGACGAGCGGCUGAAUGCGGACCGCCCGCCAGGGUGCAAGGAACGCUUAUUUACCGUGAUGGAUCUGAAGUCAACGAAACAGUCGAAAUGAACGGUUACCCUCACGGGACCGAGGUCACCUUCAGGUGUAUAGCGUCCAUCAUGGGGGAGAAGACCACUUGGAAACUCAUUUGUGAAAAUGGCAAUUGGGUUGGCAAGAGUUUCAACUGUGAAGAUUUAGAAGCUCAGAGUGAAGAAUUGUUGAGCAACAACAGCUGCAACUUCCGGAACGAGGAGCCUCACGUAGUGUCCUUCUUCAACGAUCUGGAAAUAACUGAAACUGUAGAUUUUCCGCCUGGAUCGGUAAUUGUGUCCAGAUGCAGUGACAUUGGCAAAUACGCAAUGACAGGAUCUCAAGUACGCAGAUGUGUGGGAGGCUCCUGGGACGGCGUUAAACCUGCCUGCUUUGGUCUCAACCAGGAAAACGAUUACGCUAUGGAGAAGCCGCCCACCAUCCUGUUCAGACACUCCCAAGGUCCCAUCGCUCAGACCAACGACGGCCGGCUGCUCGUCUAUCCCGGAGCCGUGCUUCACAUGGAGUGCCUCUGGAUACGAAGAUUCGGGAACCCCAAGUGGAACGUCACACUCAACGACCCCGAGCUAGAGCGAACCUACGCGGAAGGCUGGACUACGGACCCUGGUCGCGACAGUCAGCUGGAGUACAGACUCAGCAUCAUCAACGCUCAGAAGGAGGACUCAGGACUGUACCGCUGUGAGACGCCCGCCAGGCAGAGUCAUCAAGUGGAAAUUAUUGUUGAAGAUGUUCACUGCCCUCCUCUGCCACUGCGACGCGGCCUGGUGGCCAGUUCGUCCGGGACCCAGCUGGGCACCGAGAUCACCUUCCACUGCGCCAACGGAAACGCACUGCUGGGGGCUCAGACCCUCGUGUGCCGCGCCUCCGGCAACUGGAGCGCGCCGCUGCCAGUGUGUGAGAGUGUGGAAUGUGGCGAGGUGGUCCAGGACAGUCCACUGGGAGAAGGCGAACGCCGUCCUCGCGUAGCGGUGGUGUCACGAGGAGUAGGAGGUCGCGCUGCCUUCUCAUGUCCUCCAGGGUACGCGCUUUCCGGACCGACGGAGACCGUGUGUCUACCAGCUGCCGACUGGGCCAGGCCGUUUCCUAUCUGUAAAGAGGUGUCGUGUCCGUCGCUUCCUCCCCCGGCGUCGGGUUACGUGCUGGGGCGAGCGCCCUACCGAGCUGGCGACGUGCUGCAGUUCCACUGUAACCCUGAACACACGCUCCACGGACGACCGAUACUGGUCUGUCAGGACAGUGGACGUUGGAGUGAUAAGCCUCCUACUUGUGCUCAAGCCUGCACGUACCCCGGCACAACCAUCUCCGGUCGCAUGUCGUCAGUUAAAUUCUACUACAAGAUCGGGGAGACGGUGUCCUUCACCUGCGAGCCCGGCUACAGGCUGAAGGGUGCUCCUAUGUUGAGAUGUCUCAAAAACCGGAAAUGGUCGAACGCAAUCCCUCUGUGCACUCCCAUCAGUAACUACACAGCCUCGGAUUCGGUGUUGAACGCGGAUAUCGACGCUAUGUUGUCGGACGAGGCUUACCUUCCGCGGGACAUCCUGAAGCGACGGGAGUCUCCGGCGGUACUGUCCCCUGAGAGCUACAAGGCCGCCAUGACCAGGGUCGCGGCUUCCAAGAUGUUGUGGCGCUCGUCCAUCGAGACCUACAAGAACAGAGUGUUCAGAGUCAACAGAUUCAUUAGACGAGACACUAACAGAUAAUUACAUUCCACCCGUCGGACAUAGUGAAAACAUGUCUAGGAUUUUUGUGCCAAAAAAUUCUCUACUUUGGUCGGAGUUGAUCGUGGAUUCGACUUAUGUUUUCUGUUUCGUUGUUAGAGCACAGAGGUUCCUCUGAAGAUGGAGCUGCUUCUUGUCCAAAGUCAGUUUCCUCUAAAUGGAGACCUCUUUAAAGUAUACAUGAAUAAAAUUUAUUGAAAUGAAUCUGUUCCAAGCAGUUAGAAACGAUAUAUUAUAUUGAUUAUAAAUUUCAUAAUAGAGAGGCAUUUUAAUAUAUCUUACGGUAGUUUUUAUAUUAAUGUAUUUAAGGAUUUGACUAAAGAGACUAAACUCUAGUUUAUACGUAUAUAUACUGUAAGUAGGUUACAUGUAAUUAUAAAGAUUCCUUAAACUUCUCUCUCGUAAUGUAAAUACCGAACGGUUCGCCAAAGAUAUUUUAUUCCUUAAACUAUACCUAGCGGUGUCGCUAGCUGUUAUAUUACUAAUAACUCCCCAAUGAAAGCUGCAGAGCGCACAAAUUCAAAACAAUAUGAACGUGGGAGUAGUUCAGACUUAGCACCGCUCACUCCCAGUCAUCAAAGACUCUGAUUUAUUGUAUUGUAACGUUUACUGAACUCUGCAUAUCUUAUAGUUACAUCAUACUUUAGUGUAAAUCGUUCCACAUUUUGUUAUUUAUGUAAUUUAUGUCAAACAAGCAAGUUAUCCCAAAUCAUAAUACGGUUCCCUAAAAACAUUAUGAAUUUAUUAAAAAUUGUCGAUCGAA